AUGAAAUAUGGAAAUAGGGUUGAUACUUCGGUUCUCUUCUUUGAAAAUGUUGCAAAAAAAAGGGCAUUAUUUAAUAAUUGCGAUAUUUCUUCUAAUACUGGAAGAUUGGUCAGGUUCAUUGGAUCUGGAUUCACCUGUACAAUGAUGAAUUGCAAAUUAUCAGAUAAUACAGAAAAGCCUACUUCCUACAAAUUUACAGUAGAUGGAACUCGUUUUUCUCAAAUUAAAUUAAAUAUUAAGGUUCAGUGCUCUGAAAUAACUCCUCCUCGAACACAUGUUUCCACCCCUCACUCGACUCCUUUUAAAACAAUUUAUGCCACAUUUCAAUCCACACCAGUAUUAACACCACAAAGUACUCCUCAGAGAACACCAAUGCAUUCAAUUAAAAUCGAUAGAUUUUAUAUUGACAGACAAUUUAACAAUAAAUUAGUCAAAAGGAGAUGA